AUGCAUCUCAAUCUUUGUGGUUGUCAUGUUGUCUCCCGAGAAGUCCAUAGCGCCCAGUGGUCAUUUCUUCCUCAGAUCUCCCUCAAGGCCCAUGCAACCAUCUUGUCGUCCGUGGCACGUACCACCCUCACCCAGGUCUUUGCCAACCCGUCAGACCAGACUUUCGAGGAGGUGCAAUACAAUUUCCCUCUCUACGAUGGGGUCAGUGUGGUUGGCUUCAAGUGUCAUGUUGGCACGAGAUUCCUACGCAGCCAGGUGAAGACAAAGGACCAGGCUACCGCCGACUUCAAGCAAGCCGUCUCAAACGACCAGUCGGCCGCCCUUUUGGAAUAUGGGAACGACGCCGAUGUCUUCAAGAUGAGGUUGGGUAAUGUGCGAGCCGGUGAGAAAGUCACUGUCGAAAUCACCUUCGUUGGCGACCUGAGACAGGACGCGCAGACUGAUGGCGUUCGAUACAUGCUGCCCAAUGCCAUUGCUCCGCGCUACGGAAGUACCGUGGGAGGCUCGCAGGUUACUGCAGACGUCCAAGGCAUAUCGAUUACAGUUGAUGUGUUGAUGGACAAAAACUCCAUCAUCCGGGAGCUGCAAUCCCCAAGCCAUUCGAUCAAGGCCUCGCUGGGCCGUAUUUCUGUCUCGGAAUCCACCGCUUUUGAACCGUCUCAAGCAUCCGCCACUUUGAACCUGAGCAAAGGCAAUGUCUUGCUUACCAAGGACUUUGUUUUGCUUGCCAAAGCAGACGGUCUUGACGAACCUCGCGCCAUGGUCGAGUCCCAUUCCGCGAUCCCCGGUCAGCGAGCAGUAAUGGCGACACUGGUCCCCAAGUUCAACCUUCCACGAGCAAAUCCAGAGAUUGUUUUUGUUCUAGACCGAAGCGGCAGCAUGGGUGGCAAGAUUGGGACGCUAAGAUCUGCUCUCAAGGUUUUCCUCAAGUCACUGCCUGUCGGCACUUGUUUCAACAUUUGCUCUUUUGGAAGCCAUCAUGAGUUCCUCUGGUCAAAGAGCAGAGUCUACGAUGAAGCAAGCUUGCAGGAGGCUAUGUUUCUGGCUCAGACGCUCGCUGCAAACUUUGGGGGCACGGAAAUGCUGUCGGUGGUUGAAGCAGUUGUGAAGAACCGCCUGGAGAACAAGAGCCUAGAAGUUCUUCUGCUCACAGACGGACAGAUCCAUAAUGAGCAGAAACUAUUCAAUUUCGUCCGCCAGGAAUCUGAGAGCCGCACGGCCCCGACUCGCUUCUUCUCCCUUGGCAUUGGUGAUGCGGCGUCUUCUGCCUUAAUUGAAGGAAUUGCAAGGAAUGGGAAUGGGAUCUCGCAAUCUGUGCUCCUAGACGAGGAGCUUGAUCGAAAGGUUAUACGAAUGCUGAAGGGUGCGCUGUAUCCUCACCUCUACAGCUGUCGGCUCGACGUGGAGUACGAGGGCGACUCAGAGAAUGAUUUCGAGCUGGUCCAGGGUUCAGAGACUGAAACGCAGACGGAAGAUGAGCAGGCAAAACCAGCUCCUCCCUCUGAAAAGGAGAAGCCUCAGACCCCAAUCUCCUUGUUUGAUGAGAAUUUCCAAGAGGACCAUGUGAUGUCAGAACCAGCAAUGGAUCAUCUUCCAACCGUCAACCCUCCUACAACUCUCCAAGCUCCAUACAACAUCCCGGCUCUGUUUCCAUUUAUCAGAACAUCUGUAUACCUUCUGAUUGACCCCCAAUCACCCGAGCGAGUUCCCAGAGCCCUGACCUUUCAUGCGACCUGCUCGCAUGGCCCGCUUAAGCUGCAAAUUCCCAUCCAGGAUAUCGGAAAAGGGGAGUUGAUCCACCACCUCGCCUCACGCAAAGCUGUCAUUGAAUUAGAAGAGGGUCACGGCUGGCUCAGUGAUGCCAAAGACGCCGCCGGAAAUCCCAUCCAAUUGCUCCAUCCCGACAGCAGAAAACAACUCGAGACCAGCGAGUGCCAGCGUCUGGGUCUCAAAUAUCAGGUUACAGGAAAGUACUGUUCGUUCAUUGCUCUGGAGGAGGACUUCGAUGAGGUAUCCAACGGCCAACCGAACAAGGUCUUUGAGGUGACUGAGCGACCAAUGGUCAAGGACCGGACAAACAUCCGCGCUCAGAUGGCGAUGGCGCAAGCGUGUGCAAGGCCCCGAAUGACGCAGCACGCAGGCCCAUUUGGUGCCUUCUCUCCCCAAACCUAUCAACAGAACAUUGCAUUCCAGGCACGUCCACCCCCUGCACCACCUAUUGGUCCAUUUUCUGGCGGUAAUCCUUUUGGGCAUGGGUUUUGUGCCGGACCAUCCAGUGGCCUUCAACAUACUUCGGGAGGGUCUGUUCUUUCUCCAAAUGCGCAGAAUCAAGCUGUGGGCGGGAGACAUCCACUCCGCGUUGAAUCAUCUCAGCCGACUCAAUCAUUGUUUGGCGCUGCAUCUCCUGAUAAUCAGUGGAAAUGCCUUACCAGUGCUCAACAUUGUCCUCCUCUGCGUCCUCCUCUGCAAGCUUCGUCAUUAUUCGGGAGCGCACAUGCCCCGGGUGAUCAACGAUACUCAGCACACCGGGCACCGUUAUUCGGGAGCGCACAUGCCCCGGGUGAUCAACGAUACUCAGCACACCGGGCACCGUUAUUCGGGAGCGCACAUGCCCUGGGUGAUCAACCAUUCUCAGCGCGGGCAUCGUUAUUCGGAAAUUCGCAGAACGCCACUCCCAAGUCCCCAGCUAACAGAGUCCACGCCAUCAUUGGACUGCAGACCUUUGAAGGGAUCUGGAAAUGGUCCAAGGAGCUGUUUGACUUGCUUGACACAGACGAAAACCAAGUCACGAAGUACAUGGAAGAGAAGCUGCUCCAUGGCCAAAAUAUGAUUCCACAAUCUAUCACUAGAGUGCUCGUUGCUACGCUUUUGGCGAUGGGGUUCCUCAAGAACAAGAAUCAGGGUCUGAAAAGUACGUGGGAGCUUGUGUAUGGCAAAGCUGAAGACUGGGUUGACCGGCAGCUGGAUGAUAUGGUAUCGUUAUUUGCUCAGACUUUCAAGGAAGCCAAGGAGGAGAUCAUGGCGCUUGCCUGA